UAACACCGAGUCGACUCAAUUCUACAUCUCUGCGGGGACAUCAUCGGCCUAUCGUGCGUUUAUUAUUUUUUUUUUUACAUUUGUUUUUGUUUAUUCGGUCGACACGUUUAUUGUUUUUGCCUAUACCUAUCCCGCAUGCCGGUCGAACGUUUCGGGUCAUCGUUUAGUAAUUCUAGUCCACGCCCAAGUUGUCAGAUAUUAAAAAAAAAAAAAUUAUAAUAAUAAUAACACGAAUAAUAAUACUUUGUGGUUUGUAGUUGAGAUACGGUUAUACACUACUUAGUAUAAUGUUUCGUACGAGACUUCGAGCAAGACCCUUUGUUAUUGUCACACGCAGAGAUAAGAGCUGAAAACUUAUAUUAUACUUAUUUAGAAUUAUGUGAUAUGCGAAUCAAUCUGAGAUGAAAUUAUCAUUGGAUUCAAAGGAAUAAUAAAAUAAAAUUACUUUAAUCAUGUAAUUAUCAACAAAUUAUAAAAAAUGACGUCAUGCGAUUUAGCUCAUAAGCGUUUCUACUGUCGAGAAUGGGUGUUUCAAAAACUACAACAUUGUUUUGAUAUAAGAAGCACUUGGAAAACAUGUGGAGUACUAUUAGUUGGUGGGGCCGGUUGUGGGAAAACGGCAAUAUGCUGUGAAAUUGUUUGGCCAACAAAUAGACAACAACGGUCAUUGAACAGAAGACUUCUAGCUUAUCAUUUCUGCCAGGCUCAAGAUAUCAAUACAUUAUCGGUGACACAUUUCAUUCAAAAUUUGGUCUCUCAACUAUCUAAUUCAUUGCCAAAGUCAUACAAAGAAAGACUGAAAAAUGACUCUAUCAUACAAGAAGCUUUAUUGCCAAUCAACAUAGUUAAAGAUGCAGAUGAUACAUUCAAGAAAGCUAUUAUUUUUCCAUUGUUAGAACUUGAGUUACCAAAACAUACAAUGUUUCUGUUAGUUGAUUCAAUAGACGAAGGGUUGUGUGUAAAUGAAAGAUCUGAUUCGUUUUUGAAAAAUAGUACUAGCAAAACCAUAACAGAACUUUUGGCUACACACCAUCACUUAUUUCCCCAGUGGCUGAUGCUUAUUUGCACAACACGUCGACAAAACAAAAGUGUUGCUCGGAUGUUUUCUGGUUUCCGAAAAAUUAGUUUAGAUGAUCUCCGUAAAUCACAAGUUGUUACUGACAUACAACAGUACAUAUUAAGCCGUUUAGAGUCUGAAGAAACGCUGAGGCAACACAUGAGUAGAGAUACAGCAGAUAUGUUAAAUCAGUUACAUAUUAAAAGCAAUGGAUGUUUCCUUUAUUUGGAAAGAGUUUUGGAUGGCAUAUCCGAUGGAUGUGUCGUGUUAAGAGAAAUCAAGGAUAUACCCGGUACACUCAAUGGGUUAUAUUUAUGGUUUUGUCAAAGGCUGUUAAAUUCAAAACAUUUUUCAAAAGUACGUCCUUUAUUAAACGUGAUUUUGGCAUCUCCCGAACCUUUAUCAGAAGAGCAGUUGAACAGUAUUAUGUGUUCUGUGUAUCGGUCAAUGUCUGUUGAAGAAUUCCGUAAACGAUUUAAUUUAUUAAGAAGGAUAUUUUCAAUCUCAAGAGAUUCUAAGCUAAUACAGUUCCAUCACAGUUUUGGUGAAUGGUUUUUGGACGUCAAACAUUGCACUAGAAGAUUCUUGUGCUCUUCUAAUGAAGGCCAUGCAAUGAUAGCAAUACAUACCGCAAUUGAUUGUACAUCAAUGCUUAAGUUUGAAGAUGCACACAAGUUAGCUUAUCACUUAUCGAGAAUAAAUCCAUUGCCGGGUUGGUCAGAUUUCUCUGAUCCCAAUCUUUUACCUUUAUUGUGGUUAAUAGAUAGUGGAGCUCAAAUCUCUGACAGUAUGACAGUUCCAUGUUAUGAUUUGAAGUCUGUUAAGUUUAUAGAAGAUGCCAACAGUUGUUUAAAAUCGGACAACAGCAUACUACCUUGUGAACAUAAAACAAACAUAGAAAAAGUUGUUUGUUCCAAAGAAGAAGUGAGCACUGCUGAAAGUAAUAAGUUAGUAACAAAUUUAAAUGAAAUUGAUGUCAAUGGAAGAAAUGUUUUGCACUUACUUGCAAUGGAUGGUAAUUUAAGUGUACUCGAAGAGCUAUUAAACACGCAUCCUAAUGUCGACUUGGAAAUUAGUGAUAACAAUGGACAAACUCCACUUAAUAUAGCUGCACGCCAUGGCUACUUAGAAAUAGUAGAGCUUCUCUUAAAACACAAAUGCAAAGUUGACCAUGCAGAUGUUGAAGGAUGGACAGCACUCAGAGCUGCUGCAUGGGGAGGCCAUUCACAAGUGCUUGAGGUGUUGUUGAAACACGGAGCGGAUGUAGAAUGCUGUGAUAGUGAAGGUCGUGGAGCCCUAAGAGCAGCUGCCUGGGGUGGUCACGAUGAUGUUGUAGCAAAAUUACUUGAAGCUGGUGCAAAUGCCAACACAAAAGAUGGAGACGGUAGGACUCCUUUAAUCGCUGCAGCGUAUAUGGGACACGCUCAUAUUGUAACUAGGUUGUUGGAUAAUGGAGCAAAUAUUAAUCAUCACGACAGCGAUGGCCGUACUGCUUUAAGUGUUGCUGCCUUGUGUGCACCAACUAACGAGGGAUACGCAAAGGUCGUUACCAUAUUAUUGGAUUAUGGGGCAUUUGUUGACCAUGAAGACAAAGACGGAAUGACUCCAUUACUUGUCGCAGCAUUUGAAGGCCAUAGAGAUGUUUGCGAAAUUUUACUUGAAGCUGAAGCCGAUGUAGACCAUUGUGACAAGUUAGGUAGAACGCCAUUAUGGGCGGCUGCCUCGAUGGGUCAUCCUGAUUGUGUUUCACUGCUAUUGUUUUGGGGCUGUUAUGUAGACAGCAUAGAUAAUGAAGGGCGUACUGUUCUUAGUGUAUCAGCCGCACAGGGAAACAAUGUUGUCGUAUCUCAGCUACUUGAUAGAGGGUUGGAUGAACAGCAUAGAGAUAAUUCUGGGUGGACCCCAUUGCAUUAUGCUGCCUUUGAAGGGCAUCAAGUUGUUUGUAGAUCAUUAUUGGAGAGUGGAGCUAAAAUUGACCAAACAGACAAUGAUGGAAAAACGCCAUUGAUGUUGGCAUCUGAAGAGGGGCAUUCAAUACUUGUUAAUGAGUUUUUAAAAGAUUAUGGAGCUCCCCCUGAUCAAAAAGCUCAUGAUGGCCGCACCGCUAUAAGAUUAGCUGCAUUAGAAGGCCAUAUUGAGGUAGUCAGGAGUUUAUUGGAGUAUGGUGCUGAUGUAAACAAAAAAGAUGCAGAUGGACGAAGUACUCUUUAUGUACUUUCGCUAGAAAAUCAUUUAGUCAUGGCAAAAUUUUUUGUUGAUCCUGGUGGUGCAGAUAUUGAAAGUACAGAUUUGGAGGGUCGCACAGCAUUACAUGUGAGUUGUUGGCAAGGCCAUUGUGAAAUGGUUUCCUUACUGUUGACUCUUGGAAAAGCGAAUUUAAACGCUUCAGACAAUGAAAAUAGGACUCCAUUACAUUUGGCUGCAUGGCAAGGACAUUCUGCUAUCGUUAGACUAUUGCUUGAGCGAGGAGCCAAUAUAGAUCACGCUUGUAAUCAAGGAGCAACUGCAUUAGGCAUAGCGUCUCAAGAAGGUAAUGAGACAUGUGUUCGAUUGUUGUUGAUGCAAGGAGCCAAUCCAUUAAUUUCAGACCACUGUGGCCGCAAUGCUAUUAAAAUUGCAGCCAAAAGUGGCCAUGAUAAUAUCGUUAAGCUAUUGGAACAGUUUUGCCCUGUUAAAAAUGAAAACAAUGGAUGCAGUACUGUGAAUACAUCUUGCGGAUCUGUCUCUACAACUGAAACAAAACCUUCCUCUGCAAUAUUAGCUAAUUCAUUAUUGUCAUGUGCAUCUACAGCACCUAUUCGUGAAUCGUCUUCUCUCGAAUCACCCGACUCUACAGCUAAACGAACAUCAUUUGUUUCCAACUACAGCAAAUCAAGUUCUAAUUUAACUGGCAGUACAAAAAGUUCCCAUCAAGAUCUACCAGCGCAAUUAGCACCGCUGACUUUCACACAAAAGUUGCAACAGUGUAGCCGUGGCUUAAAAUCGAGACCUACAUCUAAAGUUUUGAGUCCAUUACAAAGUCCUAUUUACGCUACACCGCCACAUAGUCCCGAAGAAGAAGCUACAGCUCCUAGUCUUCAAGUGUUGACCAAUGACCAUUUUUCACGAGACACUCACAUGCGAAUCAUUCUUGGAAAUAAUGCAGUGUCAAAGAAAACCACAGGAUCCAAUUCAAAUAAUAGUAAAAGUGCAGGAAAUAAUAAACAGAAACGUAAUGGUAUUGUGACUAAUCCAGCGUCGAGGAUAAUACCAGCUAUACGCAGCGGACUCGAAAUGGCUGCCGGACGCAGAAAUAAAACUCCUCAUUUGCCAACAGAUAGUUUUAAAUGGCGUAAGGAAACGCCUUUGUAAAUGUAUUUAUAAAUGAUAUGUUAAGUGAGUUGUUUAUUUUCGUUGUAUAUUUAUUUGUAUUAUUCAAAAAUAGUUUAUGUCAAAAGGAAAUUGGCGGUACAUCUUUCUUAUUUUGUUAAAAAAAAAAGGUUACACAUAUAAAAUCAAUCUCCUUACAGAGUAUGAACGUUAAUUUUAAAUAUAUAUUUAGUUUCUAAAACUGUGUUAUAUUUCACGGAACGUAGAAAAGUCAAGAGGUAUUGUAAAGUCAAUUUGAUAUAAAUCAAAGAGAAAAAUAUAUAUUUUUAUAUUAUUAAACUUUCCUUUAUUAAAAAUUCAAUUUUAAUACAUAAUAACAUACUUCAUAAACUGAUUCUAAAAUAUUGUCGGCUUAAAAUAGUUUAAACUGACUUAAGGCUAAUCAUUUUAAAUUAAGCAUUGAAACAUAUUUUUAACAAAUUAAUUAAUUAUACUAAUCUUAGUUUCCAACAGAAUUUAAUUGUAUCAAAUUAUGAUCAAAAUCAUUAGGAAUUAAUGAUAAUGAUGGAUAGUAAAAUUUUAGGUUAUUUACUUUUUAGUUUGUAAUUUAUACAAUAGCUCAAAAAAUAUUUGUUUGGAUGAUUUCAUUGUCAAAAUGAUACUAUUGUCUUUACUUUAUUGUAAGUCUCGGUUAUGACUGUCCAACUAUAACUAUUUCCAACUAUAUACUAUUUUUUUGUAAACUGUUACCAACAAAGAGUUCGAAUUAUUCUGUAUUGAAGCUUGUUAACUGGAAUAAUUUAAUUUUGUUAGCGUUUAUUUGAUACACUUUUGUUUGCAGUUCACAUAACAGUUGUUUGUACAUCCAACGCGUAAUGAUUGUCAACCGAGGUAGUUAAAUAAUUGGUUUCUAUAUUAUGAGGCUGAUGAUGUGUAAUUUUAUAUGACUAUAGGUAUACUGAAAUAGGUAUAAUAUAUUAUCUUUGGUACAAAUAUUCUCGUAUUAGCAAUAUCUACUUAUGCAAUAUUAUGCAAACAAAACAAUAUUUUUUUAGAAAUUAGAAUUUUUAACAAAAAACUAAAAACAAGUUUAGUAUCGACAAAUUACUAUUAAUUAAUAAAUUAUUUGUUUUUGUAUUAAGUAUAAAAAAAAAUAUUAGAGAAUAUUUGUAAUCAUAGUUGUUUAUUGUAUCUUACAAGUAGGUAUGUUUGUACUGAUCCGAGUUAGAAAAAAGUUGAUACAAAGAGUUAUCAAAGCUAUAUACUUUUGUUGUAAGGCCAAAUUUGUCUAAGGGCAUUGUUUAUAAAUAAUGUACAUAAAUUUGUUAAUUUGUAGCAAUAAUUUAAAGGCUAAGCGAAUGUUUGAAAUAAUUAGUAUGAGUAUAACCCAAUUAUACGCCUUCACUUAACAUAAUUAAUGCACGAAAUUUAAUAUUUAUUUCCGUUUGAAAAGCAACCCAUUUUUUUUUUACCUUGUAACAUUUUCUUAAAUUUAGUCUGCGACUAAAAAGCAAUUCGAUUUAUACAAUUGGAAAUUGUUGUUUUAUGUUUUACUUGGUAUUUCCAUGGCAUAUUUGACUCGUUUACAAAAAAAAAAAAUUACUACCUCAAAAAAAUGUUCUGCUAAUGUACAAUUUACCGUCUAUUCUGUGAUAACGGUACCGAAUCUUUAAUAAAUUAUUUUUAUAAAAUGUCUCAUCAAAAUGAAAUUGCAAUUUUUAAAAAAAUGUUUAAUCUACACGAUCAGUUAGAUUUUCCAACACUACAGGCAAGUGAUGGGUAUAGUUCUAAUACACUCUCUUUUUGUGAUAGCAAAUAAUCGAGCCACAUAUUACUGUAAUUAAAUCAAUAAUAGUAUUAUUCUAGUGGCCAAUGAAUCGCGAGUGCAUUUUUUUUUACUUUUUAUUAAACACGUUUGUCAAUUUUGAUGUAGUUAUGUACUUUUCUAUAUUAUAUAUGAAUUGUAGGAGUAAGUUUUUUGUAGAACUUUUAUUUUAUUAAAUGUGUAUACCUUUUUUUUAAUCUCAUACAUGUUAAUAAUGAACUCUAUGAAGUAUACUUCCAUUUUUUAUUUUUAUUAUUAUUUAAUUAUAAUAGAAUAAACUAUAUGACCCAGUGUGGUGGUGUUCUGUUACAAAAACACAAUUUUUAUUACUUUUAUACUAUGACUAAACUACAGUGGCCCUGGUCCCUUAAAGUUAUACUUUUUUAUUUCUGAUUAGAACACUAAUUAUAACUCUAGACAAUAGUGUAUACAUCACAUUGGUAGACCUUAAUCAUUAUUUUUAUAUAAUAUAUACAAUAAUCUAGUCUUUUUUUUUUUUUAUAAAAUACAUGUGUCCUACCUAAUUUUAAACUGAUCCAUUUCUUUGUUGUUUUUAUGUAUAAUGUAUAACUACAACAUGACACUAACAUACAAAACAUUUUGAAGAUUUUUUUUUUUUUCAUGUAACUACUUUAAGUUUCUAGUCAACUAAUUUGUACAAUUCACAAAGGCGUGCAUAUUUAUUAUAUCAUAUGUAUAAUUAUCAUUUAUACCCAAGUAUUGUACUGAGGCUCUCAAAGACCACCAACACUAUUAUUUUUUUUUUUUUAACGUAUGUAAGUAAUCAUAAGAAUGUUCAAUCUGUGAAGUAGACUGAUAGAAUAUAAUAUAGAAAGCAGGAACGCUAAUAUUGCUAAAUUACAGAAUAAAAUAAAU